GGUCCACGUGGAAUUAACAAGUGGCUGUGGAUUGUAUGUAGUGACAGUAGAAAACAACCCGAAACGGAGUCAAAUCGUAGAGAAUCCUAGAAACACUUUCACCGAUAGAGGGCAUAAAAACGACACCACCACGGACUAGUGCGCAACAACAGUACACCAGUGGGGAGGAAAGUCCACUCCACCAUGAGCUGCCCUUUUAGCUUAGUAAAGCAGAUGAGUCAGGAUGGAAAAGGACAGCGACAAGCAUCCAUGGGCUCUGCCAAAUCAAGCCCCAAGCACCAUAAAAGUCCCGUGCGCAAAAUCUCCAGCAAUCUUAGUACGGACGGACUCAUUGGGCGCAAAAUAAGUGGUAUCUCAGUUGCGUCUUCGUCUACUUCUGAGGACGAGAACUGUGAACGGAAACUCGGGAUAGCAAGUCUGGCGGAGGCUGUCGGAACAAUGAUUAUGCCAUCGAUGACCUUUGCGAAUAGAGCCCUCAUAGAACUUGUGAACUCGUAUGAUCCAGUGUAUUGGACAAAACUCAAGAAUAAUGUUGCAUUCAACAUAGAGAAAUUUGAAGGUGCAGCCUUUGACCAAGAGAAACGGUUUACUCCAGUCGAUUCUGCACUUAUGCAAACUUUGGCAAAAUCAGCUGCAGACUUGUUGGCAAUUCCGAUAGAAUCUUUCAUGGUGCAAUACGGGAAACAUUUCUUCAAACUAUGCAUCGACAGCUACGACAGGGAGCUUCGCUCUUUAGGCUCAACUCUCUUCAGUUUCCUUAGCAAUCUUGAUGGACUUGUCGGUCAUAUUAAACGCACAAACAAAUGUUUAAAAUGCGACAGCUACCAACUACCAUCUUUCUGUUGUACAGAGAGAGUAAAUGGGCUUCUUUUUCAAUAUUUCACAAGUAAAAUAGGUAUGGGACCAUUCAUCAAAGGUAUUAUCCAACAAGUUGCCAAUGACAUGUACGAUAUAACUGUGAACAUCAUUGAUCGUUCUGAAGAAUAUAAACACAUGGGAUGCUAUGCAUAUCUGAUUGUUCAAACAAGUGACUCAAAUCCAGUGAAUUGUUUGUUCAGUGGACGAGGAAGGCUUCCCAAAAAUGUCAACUCAAGGAUAGGAGUUGUCACCUUCUGCAAGACAUUUCCCUUUAACAUCAUGUUCGAUCAGAACUUGAGGAUCUUACAACUUGGAUCUGCACUUAUGAAAAUUGUAGCUUCGGAGAUCAACACGAAGGGAUUGCAAUUUCAAACUUAUUUUUUAGUUACUAAGCCACUAGUGAAGCUGACGUUUAAUUCAUUUCUUUCUAAAUCGAAUUCAGAUUUCACGGUUCAAGUGAAGCAGUCAUCAUCAAGGAAAGACGGGUCUUUGUCUCAGAACAUGGAGCUAACUGGGCAAAUGGUGCAUGCAUCCGAGUCCAAUGCUAUGUUGUUCCUGGGUUCACCAUCUGUGGAGAAGCUAGACGAACUCAUUGGUAAAGGUAUCUACCUAUCAGACAUCCCAAUUCAUGAUGCAACACGUGACCUCAUUCUCGUAGGCGAGCAGACUAAGGCUCAGGAUGGUUUAAAGAAGAGAAUGGAAAGUCUGAAAAAAGAUAUUGAAAUCGCAACAGCUGCUGUCGAGACUGAAAAACAGAAAAAUGUUGAACUGUUAAAUAUGGUUUUCCCGAGAGAUAUCGCAAAGAAAUUGUGGCGUGGAGAACAAGUUGAACCAAAAUGUAUUGAGAAUUGCACUAUGCUCUUUAGUGAUCUUGUUGGAUUCACUGCUAUUUGCUCCACGUGUACCCCGAUGGAGGUCAUUAACAUGUUGAACACAAUGUACACAGAGUUUGAUCAGUUCUGUGGGGAGCUUGAUGUUUACAAAAUUGAGACGAUAGGUGACGCUUAUUGCGUUGCUGGUGGCAUUCACCGGAAAAGUGACACGCAUGCGCAACAGAUAGCCUGGAUGGCGCUGAUGAUGAUGGAUGCUGUGAAAAACAUGAAAGCAAAGGACGGCAACUCUCUACAGAUGCGGAUUGGCUUACAUACUGGUAGCAUUGUCGCUAGCGUCGUGGGGAUUAAAAUGCCGAGGUAUUGUCUGUUCGGUAACAAUGUAACUCUCGCCAACAAAUUCGAAUCCGGCAGCAUCGCUAUGCGGAUCAAUAUCAGCCCAACGACAUACGAAUUAUUGAACCAGACCCCAGGCUUUGAUUAUACCUCUAGAUCACGUGAUGAGCUUCCUUCCGGGUUCCCAAAUGACGUAAAAGGGACCUGUCAUUUCCUCAAUAGCUAUCGAUAUGCACGAAUCAAAGACGGAAACACUCAGUCAAUUAGGACUCAUAUACUAAAAACUGUUGAAGACUUGGACAUAAAGAGACUUGAUGACUGAUAAUUUAAUUUAAGUUUUUGAGGAGCUCAUGUCUCUACCAGAAUGGAUGAAAAUGACUGAUAUGUCUACGUUUUCGUCGUUUUGCGUUUAUAAAUAAUAGAAGUAAUUUUGGAGUGUGCUGCGUGUGAAAUCAUAAAUAUCCUCGAUAUCUUCAAAUCUAUCCAUGAUGUACCUAUUCAAAGUUAACAAUGUCAGACAAUACAGACUUGCCAACCUAAAAUGAAAAUUUUUCGGGAGAUUUAAAAAAAGAUUUAACGGGAGUUAUACCAAGAAUACGGGAGAUUUUACGGGAGUUAUACC